AUCAUGGAAGCGUACAACGAAAGCUUAGAUGUGGAUAGUUUGCGGGUUUCGCAUGAGAGUAGGACUGAGUGGGGGAUGAGGAGAAGCUUUCUCGAGGCUCACAAGGGCAAAUUUCCAUUGGAUCGCUUAGUUUGCUUGUCGUGCUGUUUCAUCAACACUGAAGUGUAUGGUAAUUGGUACCCAUCAGCUGUAAUGUCUCAGCUGAAGGAACUGGCCAAGGAUCUGCCUCAAGAGUAUUGUACAUUCAGGCAGAGAAAGUCUGAGGAGUCUAUGAUUAAGUUUGUGAAAUCCAUGGAUGAAAGCUGCGUAGACAGAUCUGCAGAUCUUGAGAGCAGAUCCCGCAGUGAUGAUGACAGAUUCAAAUCUGUCUUGACAUUUGUGAAAGCCAACACCGCGUUCCAGAGCACUGAUGUGGCUUUCGUGAAAUCCGAAUUACGGGUUCAGAAACCCAUGGAACAGGAGAGAAACCCAAAUUAUUUUCCCCCAGAAAAGGACAUAAAUUUUAAGGCCAGUUUGGAAAACUUUCACUCCUCGAUGAGAAAUUAUGAAAUUAAAUCAGAGUACAGUCAGAAAUUUGGUAAAAUAACGAAACAUUUGCGUGCCAUGCAGUCAGAUGACAAAAACUCCAUAUCAAAACUUCAUCUGGCUGCAGAUAAGGUCAAAGUUUGUAUUGAUUGCACAAUCUCUGACAGUCCAGCUGCUGUUGAGAACGGGCAGGCUAUGUUCGUAUGCGACCUCAGAUUAGACACUGUUCUGACAUCAUCUGGCCAAGGUCUCAGUAAGAAAGCAGCAAAACAUGUGGCUUAUAACAAAGCUGUAGACAAACUUAGCAUGCCUUACCUGCAAGUAAUCGAGUUGGAUUCUGGAGAGUUUGAGAUGGAAGUUGCGGAUAAACCAUUCCCUGUGCUGAAGAAAAAGGACAGUAAAAUCGCUUUUGUCAAAUCAGUGUCGGAAGAAGUAGAAAGUAAUGAGGAGUUAAUACAAAGCACGCGAAAGCGGAAUUAUCGUCAAUGUUCCCAUGGGCUGGCUGAGUUUAUCAUCAUGGAGGCAAGAGAAGUCCAACCUGGCACAAACUCCAUGUCCAUUCUACGCACCAGCGCCGACUUCAGCAAGAUGCUAUUAGAGUUUGAGUUCCGCGAUGUUGGGUCAGGAGUGCGAUGUCGAGUUUUUCUUGAGGGUCAGUUCCUUGAGGAACACUUCGCCCCAACGAAAACCAGUGCCAAGAUCGGGGCGUCAGACAAAGCGUUGGAGAAGCUGCGCAGCAUCUGCUGGACAAUUCUCAGGAAGCAGACAGUGGACGGCGAUGAGGGCAAUGUCACACGAGAGGAGCUGAUGGGAGAUAUAAGUAAACUGAACCAGGUUAUCUCUGGGGAUAAUAUUGGGAACAAGCUGCUUCAGAAGAUGGGCUGGACGGGUGGGGGAGUGGGGAAGGAAGGGAACAAGGGGAUAGCAGAGCCGGUGACUGUCAAUAGCGUCAUCAACCGUGAAGGGCUCGGCCUGAUGUCAGAGAGAGGCAUCCAGAUCGACUUCAUGUCCAAAGUCAAGACUGUUCUGAUGGACUAUGCCAGAUCGUCCAAACAGGAUGAUCUUGCGUUCUCUCCGCAGUUUAACAAAGAAGAAAGGGCAAUCAUCCACAAUGAGUGUCGUAAGCUGGGUUUGAAGAGUGGAAGUAAAGGCUCUGGGGAUGAACGAUUUCUGAUAGUGAGCCGCAAACGCACAGCAAAUCAGCUGCUGAAUCAUGUGAUACUAAGUGGAGGAACGACAAAUAAAUAUGACCUCUUACCUCCCGGCUGUGACAGACAAUCAUUGGCUAAUAACUCAUUGUGAAUUUUUUUCUCAAUGUGCAUUGGAAACAAGAUAGAUAUUUAGGUGAAGGAUUAUGUUAUGUAUUGCUACAUAUGUACAAGAACAACUAAAAAGAUGGUUUGUUAAGAUGUUUUGCAAAUUCUUUAUGGAAUAAUUAAUUACAAAAUUUUAGAAAGAAUUUUAGAAAACUUUUAAUUCAGAGAGAGAGAAGUUCAACUUUGUUGUAAGGACUGUUUAAAAUUUUAAUAAUAAUAUUUUUUGUUUUAGUAAGGAAAUAUUUCUUGAAAUUUGACUCAAUGCACAAUUUUACCAUACGUGUAAGAUUACUUCUAAAAUGUGCGUUAUACAUUGAACCACCUCUUGUUUCUCCAUUCAGGUGGUCUUCCAUGAAAUUCAUUAGAGAUACCUGCCAUUCCAUGAUGUUUGCUGAUGUACGUUUGUAUGCCACAAAAUGACUUCAACCUUUUCACAUGUUUGCAAGCUGUGUAUUCAAGCAUUUUCAGAAGCAUUAUGCUGUACAAACUAAUAGUAUUAUACUUUUUAUGAAGUCCUGAAAUUAACCAAUCCAACCAAUAUAAUUCUGUCCCAAAAAUCAAAUUAAAAAUGGGCAUAAAUUGCACUAAAAGUUUUUCCCAUUUUUAUGCGAAAAGGUUGAGGAAUAGGGUUAAAUUAAGUUAAAUGUUUGUGUGGUAUUAAGGCUAAAUCAAGGAAAUAAAUACCGAAAUGAUUGAAGAAUUUAAGUUUGACAACAUCCUUGGAUGGGAUUUGGAUUUGAUUAUCGUCUCUAUGUUCAGCACACUCACUACAUAUUAUGAGGGCUAAUUCACCUGCAAAGAUUAUGUCUAGUACCUGGUGAAGUAGAAUGGCUUUCCCCAGGUUCAACUCAAGUGUCUUUACCUCACUGCUGUGAUAUACAUGUAAGU